GUUUUUUUGAAUAUAAAAAGAUGGGUUUCUCAAAGGAAGAAAAAUCAAGAAGGAUUUGGAGGGUUUUCAAGACUGUGUUUUUCUUAAUAACAAUGGCGAUCUCGUUUCUCGUGUUUUCUGCUCCGGUUUUUCUGGUCCUUGCCGAUGCGAUUUUGCCUUCUGCUUUGUUGUCUGCUUCUAUUUCUCCUUCCUACUUAUCGUUGAAGAACCUUUGUUCGUAUUUGGAUAACUAUGAUUUUAGAUCUUCUCUUAUUGAUAUUCCGAUCAUAUCAAUCAUCAGAUCAGCCGUCAUAAUCUGUGUUUACAGUUUUUGUGAUGGGCCAAAACUUUCGAGGGGACCAUACCUGGGAAUCACAAUGAUCUGUUCGAUUUCAUCGUUGGUUUUCGUUUCAAUAAAAGCUUCGUUUGUGUUCAGUCGGAGAAUUCCUAGAGAAGGUCAUGUUACAGCCAUGGAAGCUGCUCUUUUCAUUUCUUCAUGGGCUCUGGCAAUUGCACACGUAAUCGUGGCGUAUAGAACAAGCUGCAGAGAAAGAAGGAAGCUGCUUGUCUACAAAAUUGACAUUGAAGCCGUAAGCUUUCUAGAAUGGGUAUCCAAGGUACCAAAAGAUUCUCCCACAAGAAAGAGCCAAGUAAAUGAAAUACUACUAACAAUGUUUUCGGCUCAUCACAUCCUUCUUUUUCAGAUUCCAGAUUUAACCAAAUACCAAUCAGUCGCAUGAAAUACAAAGAUCACACGCAGCAGAUAUAUUGAUA